AGAUGUCGUUUGCGAACGAGAUGCUUUCAUGUAGAUGCAACGCUUCCAAUGGCAAUGCAAUGCGGCUUGCCGCAAGGUCACUUUUAUCAAUAUUAGCUGAUACAUCGCGUCCCUCUCGAGCCACAUCUUGCUGCUCUCGAGCAUCUCGAGCAGUAACAACUAAUGUUCAGCGGCGCGCCUUGCGUUCAUUCCCACAAGGCGAAGAGCAUGCGUUUAAAAGAAACUUUUGGAGAGAUAUAAAUGGAAAGCGGUGUAUGUCGACGCGCCCGGUAUGGACAGACAAUGACAAGCAGGCACUAAUGGCUAGUUUAGGUGGAAUGCGAGAGACCGAACUCAAAAAGCAAAUGGUUUACUAUAAAGGUGAAGGGCCAGGGCAAUUCCACUCCCCAAAGACAUUUGGACGAAUGGUGGAAGCGCUUGCGACUCAUUUACUGUCGGGGGCCCCUAAAACAUAUAAGAAAGUCUCUGUGCCCAUUCCGGCACUGCAUAGUUUGUUGUAUGAUUAUUCUUUGGAGACCCUCCGGGAAUUGGCGCGCUUUCUAAACCUCGAAACAAACGACGAGCGGAGAAUGACAUAUGUUACGGCAAUUCAUGAACGCGUACGAAAGGCUCAAGUGGGUUCGCAGUCUCAGCCAUUUAAGCUCAACGACAUUACAGCCGCCGAAUUGACGCAUCUCGCUAUCAAGGACCUCAUGCCGAUAGUAGAAAGCUUGGGUUUAGAGAUAUCCAAGCGCAAAAGUGCGACCAUCCGUAGCAUUUUGUCGUACAUUGAGUUAAAUCGGACAGAUCUACAUGUCCGCGCUACCGUGGAAAUGAUCGCACGGUUGUCCAGACCCAAUAUUUUCUCCGCCGAAAUACCGAUAACGCCAGAUGGGCGAAUAGGAGGGAGAUGCCGCCGCCCUAGCACGGUAGUAAGCAAAAAGGCUGCUCAGAUCCUCUGUCUCGACAAACCUGUACACGCCCUAGGAGCAUCAUGGGAUGGAGCGUCACCUGCCGUAUUACAGUGGAAAGAGCUACUUGAUAAACGAGAUGACGAUACCCUUGCAAAAGGUGCUAGGCUCAUCCCAAAACAAGACUUACUGCGACUAGCUCUAGGGUACGGCUUGCAACCUGGACCAGUAGAAUCGGCAGUUCAGGUAUUUCGUCGAAUAUGCCAGCACGUGGUGAAAGGAGAGCCGAGAUCACCGAAUAUCCGACUCAGCAAGCUGCCACUCCCAGAACUGCAGGAAAAAGCACGGUCAUUCGGUUUGACGCCAUCCGGAACGAGAGAAGUGUUGCUAAAGCGGCUGCAAGAUCAUCUCACUUAUGUUCGGAAUGCACCAACUCCGAGCUCAAUCGUUGCUAUCGAUGUUGGCCCGUCAAACACGGGUUAUGUUCAUCUCGCGCUGCCAAAUACUUUGCCAAGCAACAUAAAAGAUAGAGACAAAGGUGCAACGGACGAGGUCCUUUCACGCCCACGGAUCCUGGACUGGGCCCUAUUGGAUUUGGAAGUAUCGUCGAUGGACUUUCCGGGCGUGGCAAUGGCAUGCAAACAGCUGCUGGAUGAGCGUUGUUACAAACCCGAGGCCCAGGUGUACCUAGUGGAGCGACAGACGUGGCGCGUCGUGUUUGGGAAACUUACGGUACCGCCACAGCUUAUCGCUUCUCUCGUGACGGAAGCGGUACUCUUGGGUAUGCUCCUGGAACGACGCGGUGAACCAGCCACUUCCGUAUUGCCCGCCUAUGUGUCACGGCACUUUUCCCUGAAUGAUCCUGCCAGCAUCCAAACCUCAGAUGUCAAAAAGAGACAACCCAGAUCCAAAAGAGCAAAGAAAAUAACAGCAGUUCAUGUCGUGAAAAAAAUCUUGGAGGAUCAGGAUGUGGACUGCUCGAAAGAACUUUUGCACGUAUUCAACACGACAAAGAAAAAGGACGAUAUGAGUGACGCUCUGUUGAUGGCUCUCGCUUGGCGGGAUUGGUGGUUUGCUGCCAAAGCAGAGGCUGCUGCACAGCUUGAGAUAGAUUCUCAAGAGCAAGCUGUGGCAGAGGAAGGGGAGAUGGCAGAAGAGAGAAUGAUGGCAUAACCAGUCUGUUGCAUGGUCAACGGAAUAUACCCAAUGUGAUCGGUUAGAGGCUGGUCCUCCUUUUGCGUUUACUCUUGGGAGAUGUCCUUUAGGAGAUGGAGAAGCUCAUAUUGCAUAAUGUAAUUGCUUUCCGGAUAGCCUCCCAUAGUUGCCUAUCUUGAUUACAAGCUUUGGGCUCACUUUUUCCAAAA